AUGAAUUUCGACCCCGGCCUUCAAUGCCUCGUCCCAAGUACCGGUUUCUUCAUACGAUCUGAUAAGUCUCGUAGCUUGAAGACCAUCCAUCACCGGCAUGCACACGUCCUGCAAAACAUCGUUCGUUACCGGCUUUCCGAAGUAGUUUCCACCUCGCACGACCCAACUUCUUCAUGCGACGACGUGACGAAAUCUUUAGGGGACAACGAGUCCUCCAAUAAUAAGGUGCCAAGCUUCUGGAUCCUUCUGGAAGCUUGGGAGGAGGAAAGCAAUGUGCCGAGGGUUCGUGGAGGGAAAAGGAAAACUCCCGAGCGAAGGUCCUCGUCGAUGAUGUCAUGGUGA